UCGGUUGUGGGUGCGCGCACACGGCCAGGCGCGCGCGGCCCGUGAGCACCGGACUGGAGCCCUAUGGAGCCCCCGGCCUUCCCCGGCGGUCUCCAGACCGUGAGGGCGGCCCCAGGCGGGGACGCCGCCCUCGUGCUCCCGUUGCCGGCAGGCACACCGCCCUUCCGCUACCAAUGGAGCCGCGCGGGGGCGUCACUAGACGAGCGGUUCACUGCUUCCGAGGACGCGGGUGGUGUCCGGCUGACCGUCUCCGCUGCCCGCACCGGCGACAGUGGCGUCUAUACGCUGCAAGCUAGCAAUGCAGCUGGGAGCGACACGACCCGCGUUCGACUUGAGGUGUCCCCGGACGAGGCGGCGACUGGCGACGACCCGCCGACCUUCCUGCGGCGCCUCCAGGACCUCACCGUGAAGGUCGGCACCAGGACCAGGUUCCUGGUCGAGAUUAUCAGCUCUACAGAAUGCAAGGUAACAUGGUACCGCAACGAGCGCCGCCUUAUGGAGGCGGAGCGAGUUGCGUUGGUUAGGGACGGGAGCUUAUGGUGCGCUGACCUGGCUUCAGUCAGCGUUGACGACGCCGGCCGGUGGACUUGCACUGCCGAAAAUGAGGGUGGGAGAGCUAGCUGCUCUGCCCAUCUGAAUGUUCUCGUACCAAAAGCAUACAAACGACCUGAGUUCGUAGAAGAGCUCAGAGCUCUGCUCACUGAACAGGGGACCGUGUCACUGGAGUGCAAGGUAGUAGGUGUCCCUACGCCGGUGCUGCGGUGGUUCAAGGAUAGUCGGGAAAUCAAGGCUGGCGAUGUGUUCGCGCUUACAGCUAACGCCGAAGACCCCACGUCCCUCGGCACGUACACCUGUGAGGCAGUCAACUGCAUGGGCAGAGCGUACUCCUCAUCGAAAGUGCAUGUCGUCGGCCGUGGCAGCCGGGAGGGAUCCGCCAGACCUGGCUCCAGUGGUAUAACUCCCGAGCCGCCGCCGAUCUUCACGAAAGAGCUGGAGGAUCAGUUCGUGAAGAUCAGCGAACACCUGAGCCUUAGUUGCCACAUCGUGGUGCCACCAUGGCCGAGAGCCGUGGUCUGGUAUAACAAGGAGGGGAAAGUCGAACCCAACGAAAGAUACCACGUGGUAGAGGAUGGCGUUGGGGGAUAUCUAUUAGAGGUGCAACCAGCGGAAUGGUGCGACGAGGGCGAGUGGAAAUGCGUCGCAACUAGCCAGGGCGGCAGGGUGGGAAUAUCCACGUGCUAUGUAGCUAUGGAUGUACCCAAGAACUACAGAAAGCCCCGAUUUAUGGAGAAUCUACAAGCUGUACUUACUGAAGAAGGGCUCGUUUCGUUCGAGUGCAAAGUAGUUGGAUUCCCUACCCCAGUGCUGAGCUGGUUCAAGGAUGGCCAGGAACUGAAACCCGGGGAUGUGUACCAACUAACAGGCACUAACUCCCUGGGAUCGUACUGCUGUAUUGCAAGGAACUGCAUGGGCCAAGCGAGCAGCUCAGCCGAGUUGACCGUGGAAGAUAUACAAAAUCAAUUGAAUGAAGAGGAAAAACUACAGUUGUUCUCAAAAAAUCAAGCCCCUAAAUUCAUACAAGGCUUAAAAAGCGUUGAAGCAAAAAUCGAUGAUCCAUUCCGUUUCACUAUUAAAGUUGCCAUUCCGCCUGAACCGUCACUACUGUGGUACCGUGAUGAACAACCAGUUGAGGAGUCCAUUCGAUGCCAUCUUGGUAAAGAGGAGAAAGGAGUAUUCUUCUUGGAUAUACAAAAUCUGGAAUUUAUUGACCAGGCUGAAUGGAAGUGUGUUGCUAAAAAUGAUUUUGGACAUAGUGUCACUUCUUGUUUCCUCAAAUUGAUUAUACCACGACAUUACAAAAAACCUCGAUUCUUAGAGAAUUUACAGGCUAUUUUGUCUGACGAAGGAGCUGUUAAUUUAGAAUGCAAAGUUAUUGGUGUACCACAGCCCAUUCUCAAAUGGUACAAAGAUGGGGAGGAGUUAAAACCGGGUGAUAUCCAUAGAAUAAUUUCGGGGCAAGAUGGUACAUGCUGUCUUGGGACAUAUACUUGUGAAGCGCAGAACUGUAUGGGAAUAGCAGCUAGCUCGGCCUCUCUACUCGGUUUUGACGAUUCUAUGAAAGCUAAAAGUAAGAAAAAGGCAGAAGAACAAGCUCUACAAAGAAAUCUCUCGCUUAGUACAAUACACGAAGAACGAACAUCGCAAAUGUAUGAUACGCCAGUUGGUGAUAUCACUCUGGAUGAUAAGGGUGAAAUUUCCUUUUCAUUUGACGGCAAAGAGGUUUCUGUCUCUUUAUAUGAAACUCCAGACCUAACAGAGGAAGAAGCUCUUCAGAUAGUAGAAAUGUAUGCUGAUCAAUUAUCUGAAAAUGUAACUGAGCAUAAUGUUGUUGAACUGCCUCCUUUACGAUUUGUUAAGGAAACUUCAACAUCUGGAAACCUAUUGAUGGAAGCGAUUAUUAUUGAUGUUUCACCGGAAUACUUUGCUUCUCCAGAAGAAGAUUUACGAACCGAAGCUGACAUAGAAGAUAUUUCAAUUGCUGACGAAAAUGGCCCCCCUCAACUUUCUCUUGACCAAGAUAUUGGAGGCGAAUAUUAUUUAGAAAAAACAAUGGCAUUAUUAUCAGAAGAGAAAUCUGAUAUAGCAAAGAAAAUGCCAAGAAAGAAAUCCGACUCGCCGAAGAGCGGCGAUGAUUAUUUCAGUUUAUCACGGGAUCGUUCUUUAUCUGAAGAUAAAAAAGAUGAUGAUACCCAAGUUUUAUCUGAAAGUGACUUACAAAGUUUUGCAAGUGCUAGAAGUUCUGGAAAACUUAAAUCAAAAAUGUCUAAACCUUCUAUCGAAGAUGGGCAAGAGUCUUCUGAUUUAACAAAAACUAUAUUACAUAAAGAUGAAGUAAAGAAUCAAAUGGAGCCUAGUGAACCACCCAUUGUAAAACCAAAGCGUGAGCGUCGAAGUAGUCGUAGCUCUAGAAAAUCCAGUUCAGGAAGUGAAAAAUCACUUAGUAAACUCAAAGAAGAGCUUCCUCUAGUACAAUCUGAAGUUGAACAACCUACUACACAACCAUCGAUGUCUGAAAAAGAAUUUAAAACGAAAAUGACUAAUAUAAGUACAUGUCUUUCUAAAGUUUUAAAUGAUGUACAGAUUAUUGAACGAGAUAUAAUUCUUAAAUCUGAACUUAUGUCGUCAGCAGCAACAGCGUCUCGCAGUCUAGAAAUAAUUAAUAGUUUAAUUACACCCUUAACUGAAAUACAUAGCAUUGCUGAUGCUGCUACCGAGUCAGUAGCUGAGUCAAAAGAAGUGAGCAGUACUUUAUUCACUAAUCUUACUCAGCCCUUAAAAACACUUCAACAGUCACUUAUUAUAAUAGAGAAAUGUAUCGAUGUAGAAAGUGACAGCAAGACGCUAGUUAAAAAAACAUGUGUAGCGUUUAUAGAAAAAUGUAAUGAAGGAAUUUGUCACCUAUUAUCAGAUAUAAUUUCUGUCACAAAUAAGAAUUAUCUACAGAUGGAAAAGAAAACAUCGACUGAAAUCGAAACUUUAGCUAACGAAAUGUGUAACGUUGUGAAAUUUUCAAGUGAUACAAUUAAAGCCAAAAACCUUAUAAGCGAAGCAAACGAUAUAAAAAUUGAUGAACAUUCACUAGAAAUGAAACACUUAAAAGAUACACAGAAAGCAGUGUUUGAAUUAAAAAAUCCACUAAAUUCAUUAUUAAGUAUUGUUCAAAAUGCUGAGAAUGAUCAGUUAGUUGAUGUGUCAAAAGUAAAUAAUAGUGAGGUCAUAUUAGUCAACAUGUCAGCUUCUAUUCAGGAUUUACAAACUGCUUUAGAACAAAUAGAGUCCUUAUCAGUGAAAGAAACAUCUACUUCCUUGAGUAAAUAUAAUACAGAUAUAAUUGAAACUGUUAUGCAACCUGUAUUAAAAUUAAGGAAUUCUUUUGAAGAAUUAUCUAGUGAAACUAAAAAUGAAGAAGGCAUAAAUGUAUCAAAACAGACAUUGAAAGCAAUAAAACAAAAUUUAAAUGAGUUAUCUUCGCAUAUUAAGCGAAUUGAAUCUAAUGUGGGCCCAUUUGAUAUUCUACAAAGUGACAAUAAGUUAGAAAUUCUUCAAAAAAUGGCUCAAAUUCUAAUUGCAUUAGAAAAUAAUUUACCUAGAUUAGAAACGGUGCCAGAAAUUAAAAGCAAUAUGAUAACAUUUCAUAAGAAUUUAACCAAAGUUCUAGAGAAUGUUAUUGAGAGUAAUGACGCAAAAAGAUAUUUUACAUUAAUGGAAAUUUGCGAUGCUGUUAAUAGAAUUAAUAAUUCUAUAAAAAAUAUAGACUCCGAUAACAUACUUUCGCUUGCUAGUCUAGGUAGUACAUUAAAAAUAAUUCAAGACCAAUUUAUAAAAAAUAUUUUUGAAUCUGAAUUAAAUUGUUCUAUCCUUAGUAACAUUACCGAUGUACUUAUUGGAAUACAGGAAGCUGUAAACCAUGCUGAAGAAGUCAGUUUGCAAGUAGAUCAUGAACAUAUACAAGAUUUAUCUGCGAGAAUAUAUGAUACUAAUAAAGCCAACAUUAUCGUAGAACAUAUGGAUCAUGUAAUUGCUGCAAUAAGUACAAUGAAGUUGAUGGAAUCUACAAAAGAUCUUCACUCUACAAUUAUGCCAGCAUUACAUAACAUAUCUCCAGUUUUAGAGGAUCUCAAACGAAAUAUAGCAUCUUUAAAAUCAACUGAUAUACACGAAGAAGAACAUUUAUCAGAUCUUUCUGAUGUUUCAUUUAGUCAAACUAUUGCUACUCCGCUUUGUGAACUAAAUCAAAGUAUAAUGUUGCUUAAUCAGGUAAUUGUUGAAAAUUUAGAAAGUUUGAAAGAAAAUACUAAUGUUGCAGCUACAAUGGCAGCUCCUCUUCAUGAAUUAUAUUCAACAUUACAAAUUUUACAACAGGAUGUAAUUUCACAAUACGAUAGCGACCUAACUUCUUACGACGUAAAUCUUAAUAUAGCGAAUGCUGUUCAAAAUCUUCAAAGUUGCAUAAUAAUGGUCCAGGAAAAUACUGGCGUAGAAGUAAUUGAUGAAAUGUCAACUUUAGAAGAUAUUUCUGGUAUAAAAACCACUGCAGAUACAAUUCCGUCUGAUCGUUUAAUAUUGCCUGCUGCUGAAGAAACCGCCGUUCAACAAUCACUUCUACCAUUAAAUCAAGAAUUAACAAGUACUGUUACCGCUCAAGCUUUACAGACAUUGAAUGAACAUAUUACUGUACUUCAAAAUCCCGAAGUAAUUGAUGCUUUGGAUACUCUCUCAGAAGUCAGUGAUUAUUCUAGCCUUAAAUCUUUGGCAUUAGAAUUGGGUGAAUUGCACGCUGGUAUAGAACAGAUCUUGCACCCUAUUGUCGUUGAAAAUUCAAACGAUAUAGUUAAUCUCACCGAUGCAACAAAAUUAUCGGCAAUAGCUGAACCUAUGCAAGAUCUUCAACAGUGCUUAUCUGUAUUAAGUACAAGUGACAUUCCAAUUUACGAACAUAUUUUAGAGUUACCGACGGAAAAAGUACAUUCCGUAUUUAAAAACAUAGCUGACUUUAAGGAAAAUUUAGCAAAAUGUAUGAUAACUAUAUUCCCAGCUAUGGAAACUGCAGAUAAAACAAUAGAAAUUUCUAAUAAAGUGGAAUCGCUAAGAAAUGUAUGUGAACAUCUCAGAGAAGUAAUUACGAUAACAAAAUUGAAUUCAACUCCUGUCGCCAUGAAUCAAGAAGUCAUCAUUUUAGAACAUCUUAUUAACAAACUUCUCGAUGCCACUGAUGUAACUAAAGGUAUUAAAAUAGAUCAAGUGAAAGAAAUAACUGAAGAAUUAUUUGAUAAGAUAGUUACUGUUGAAGAGGAAUUAAUUCAAUUUAUACCCCAAUCAGCAGAAAAAUUGGCACAGGAAGCUCAGCUUAUACAAACAAUCAAUGAAAUUGAAAGUAAUAUUGCCGUGUUGGAACAAUAUGAUUUUGUUGACUUAUCUCGUACUUCUGAUAUAACUUCAUGUACUUCUCCUCAAUUAGCAAUAGAAUUAGAAGCGGAAUCACUACUUCAAAUAGAUGACAUGAUGGAAAACGUAGUAAAUAUUAUACACGAUUCAGUUCAAGAAACGAGUGUGGCAGAUUUAAUAAUAUUAGAAAGCUUCUUUAAGACAUGUAAAGAUAAAUUUAUUAUAUUACGAUGUUUAAUAACGAAACAAUUAACUUAUAAAAAAAUUAUAAGGCUUGUUCAAGAAUUUAAAUCUCUGCAAAAUACAAUUGACGAUUUCAAAACAAAAAGACCUACUCUUAGAUUAUCCAUUGACGUAAAUGAUCACUUGACAACCUUUCUAACUCAUGCUGACCAAAGUGUUGAAUGUGUUAGAAAUUCUUUGAUUAAAAUUUUAUCUUCACAAUCAGAAUUACUGUUUAAAAGACCUAUUACUAAAUUAGAAACAGCCAACAAAGUAUUAAAACAAGCAAUAAAUAUUAGAAAAUCAGAGCAUACUGAUGAAGUAAUAACAAAAUUCAUAGAUAUUAUUGAAAUAAUACAGCCUGUGAUACAAAGAGCAGAAACAAAUAUUAUAAGGGAAUUACAAACGAACACUGAAGCAGCAAUAAAUGACGAAAAGACAAUCACUAAAAAACUGGGUGAAAUAUCUACAUUAGUUGAAAAUCAUGUCUCUUCCGAGUCAUUAGAUAAGGAAACAAAGAAAUUACUAGAAAAUGUAUUACUGUGUAUUCAAGGACAUAAAGACUAUGAACAUGCAACUGGAACAGGCAAAAUUUUGAUUAUUAUGAAAUGUCUUUCUGAAUGUGCAGAUAUCUUGCAAGGCAGUGUUUUGGAAACAGAAGUAUCAGAAUUAAAAUUAACAGAACAGAUACAACAGGAACAUAAUUUAAAAAUAAUCAUCAAUGAAAUGAUGGAGCCCUUACAAGAACUUCAUAGUCAGUUAAUAAAUAUUCAAGAGCGAGUACUAUCUGGUGCUGACGAAGAGUCAAUAUCACUUGACCUAACUUCUACCGAAUCUCUUGCGCAUACUGUAAAUGAUAUUCAUAAAGAAAUUGUUAAGAAAAUGGAAUCUGUUGAAACAUCUAACGUAGGUAGUGAAGACAUUUCAAUUAUAAUGGAAGUUGACAAAGAACUUCAUAUGAUUCAAGAAAGUAUAAAGUCGAUAGAAAAUGUUCAGGGUACUCAAAUAAUUGAAGAAAUAUCUAAACCAAUAAAAGACUUAGAAAACUCACUACAUAAUAUACUUUCAUCAAAUAAAGGCAGUAUUGAACAUAAGGAUAUAAUACCCAAAGAUGUCAAUUCCAAUAUAGAUUCACUGGAAAAUGCCCUUGAAAGAUUCGUACAUAUAGAAUUUCAAUUGUUGACUGCUUUGGGAUUAUUUGGUGAAAUUGAGGUUAAUAAAAGUGUACAAUUGGCGACCGAACUUAAAUAUUUAUUGUCACUUCCUGAAGAACUAAAAACUGCUAAUGUAAUAGAAAUGAAAACUGUUAAGGUCUCAUCGUUAAAGACAAUCUUAUCAAAAUUCAAUUGGUUGGAUACAGAAAAACAUUUACAGGGAAAAGAACCAUUAGACGCAGAAAAAUUAAAAUAUAUUUGUUUAACAACUUAUCAACUUUUAGUUGAAUUAGAUAAAAUUGAUAAUAGUUUAAACAUUAAUAAUGUACCAUUAAUUAGCCAAACACACGAUGAUAUAAAAGAAGAAAAAAUCCCAGAAUUAAUGCAUCAUAUUGAUCAAUAUAUAGAGAUGAUUGAAAUCGUUGAAGAAAUAUCUGCUAUUAUAAGAAUAGAAGAACUUAAAGAAUCAGUAAAUGUUGCACGUGAAUUACGUGAGAAUAUUACUGGGUUUGAGAAUAUUAUUGAAGAAGAUCUUAGUGAAAAUGUGAGAAAUGAAGUAUAUACAACUCAAGCUAAUCUUAUAAAUCAACUGCAAAAAGCUCUUUUAGCUGUACAAGUUCAAAUUUUUGAUUGUGAACAGGAAUUGGCUCCAGAAAUUGAUAAAAAUGCUUUGCAGCGGAUAGCAAGAGUUACUGCUCAAUUACAAAGUGACUUGACAGCUGUUACAGGAGUUCAAGUAGCUAUUCAAGCACCUCAUGAACCAUUACACGAUAUUGCAGAAUCCUUAAAACUUUCAGAAAAACAAGUCGACUCUACUGAACCUACAUCUUUCGAAGUAACCAAUGUCGCUGAAAUUUCGAAGCCUAUUAUUUUGGAACAAGUCGAUAUUUUAAAUGAUCAAUCUAGACCAUUAGAUCAAGUUGAUGUAGUGACUGAAGCCCUUGAAAAAGAAGCAGUAGUAUCAAAAAAAGAAGUUAUUGUGGAAGAAUCAAAAUCACUAAAAGAAAAAGUAAUAGAUGAAAGGAUAUCAACAAAUGAAACGGAGGUUACAAAAGAUACGGAAAUAAUUGUGGAAUAUUCUAAAGUCACAGAUUUUAUUGAUGAUUUUAAAUUGCAUAUUGAGCAAUUUAUGUCUCUGGAUAUAGUGAAAGUAGGAAACGCUUUAUCUAAAGGAAUAAAAAUCGAAGAAUUGGAACAUUCACUGGAAAUAGCCAAAGAAUUACAACAUAAUAUCGCUGAAUUCAAUGCCAUAGAAAUGACUGAUAGUAACAUAGAGUCAAAUAAAACAAAAAUCCAGCAAUUAAAUUUAGCUAAAGAAUUACAUUUGAUACUUCAAGUUAUCCAAAAACAAGGUCUUGAAAUAUUGAAAGAUCUUCCUUCCACUAUUGAUUGCAAUUAUCUACGUAUGAUAAUUCAAGUUGUUGAGAGUCUUAACAAGGACCUUGUUACUGUGUUAAAUAAAACAGAUACAAAAUUAGCAACAGAUAAUGUUGACAAUAUUACUCAACCUACUGAAAUUUCUUUAACAGAAAGUUUGCCAGUUGUUUCCACAGAGACUACUUUAGAACAGUUUUCAGCAGUUAAAGAUGAAAAUAUAAUGUUGCAACAAAGUACAAGAUCUGGGAAAGAAUCAGAAAAAAUUGCGAUGGAAACAGGUGAAGUUGUCUCUGAAGAAUCAAUAUUACCCUUAAAAGAUCCUAAAUAUGAAAGUGUUGAAUUAUCAGCAUUAGAUCAAGCUGAAAAUUUGGAACAAACUCCUGUUACAACAUAUGAUAGUAUUGUAGUCGAAGAUACACAAACCGUAGAUGCCGUAUCUUUAGUAAGUGCGGCCAAUGACGUAGCACCAAAAGUUAUUGAUGAAGAGGAGAAAAGUAAAAAAGACACCGACUCUAUACAACCGGGAAUGAAGAAUGAACACAUACAGGACACAAUUCAAGAAAUUCCAAGCAAAAUUUCAGAAUCACUUUUACACUACAUUCAAGUUUACAUAUCAGAAGAUAUAUCGGAAGUACUUAAUGAAAUCUGUUCUGUUAUAAAUACAAACAAUCUAAAGCGAUCGGUUAAUAUUGCAAAAGAUUUGUAUUUAAAUAUUUGUCAAUCAUCACUUUAUUUACAAACUGAAGAAAAUGUAAUACCGUUGGAAAUAAUGAGUAUGCAAGCUGCUUUAGCUCAACAGCUACUAAAUGCGACGUCUUCUUUUCAAAUUGAAGCUUUAGAAAAAAUCAAAAAUGUAUCUCCGCCUAUAGAUAAUUCCUUAGUCAAAAUUACUAAUAUAAUUGAACAUUUAAAUACUGAACUUGAGGCAUUUGUCUCAACUAAUCUAUUAUAUCAAACAAUACAACAAUCAUCAUAUAAAACAGAAGAAGAUGUAACUGAAAAAGUAGGCUCCAAAUUAACUGAAACGAUGAUUUCAAAAACACUAGAAGCUGAAAGUGAUAUUAAUGGAUCUGAAAAAAUUACUAGUACGUUUGCUAUAUCCACUGAAAUAUCGGAAGAAAGUAAAGCACUUAAUGAAUCAAAUAACGAAAUUCAAACGAACUCUGAACAUGAAACACAUGACAACACUUUAUUGGAACAAAAUGAGGCAUGUGUUCUUGAAAUUAUUAGUGAUAAAAAUAUAUCUUUUAACAAUGCUAUAGCAUCUGAAACGGUAUUAAUGAAUACAGCCUUACAGUUUGCACCAGGCGAAAAUAUAAGUAUAGAAUCGUUAUUACAAAAUCUUGAUACUUAUAUGUCAGACGAUAUUUCACAAAUAAUAAAUGAAAUAGCUACAAUCGUUAAUAAUGAUGAAUUGAAACAACCCCUUCAAAUAGCAAAAGAAUUACGUGAACUUCUAGCUUUAACUCAAUUAGAUUCUGAUUUGACUAAUCAAAAAGAAUUUAAUCUAGAAACAGCAAAAUGUAUCGAACAGUUGCAAAAUUAUUUAUAUAUAAUACAAACAUAUGCGGAUGAAACCACAGACAUUUUACAACCAGCUAUAAAUAAAAGUGAAUUGCAAAGAGUUACAGAAGUGACUGAAAAAUUAAUCAAAGACCUUUCUUUUUUUGUCACUACUACUAUAGUAGGUGUACAAAUAGCGCCAGUAAAUAAUAAUAGUAAUCACGAGAUAGAUAUGUGUAUAGAAAGAGCGGAAAGUGUUAAAGUAACUGAUGGUAUCAAAGAGAUUGAAAGAACUAAAGAAAUAAACAAACAUUCUGAAAAAGUUUUGCCGGACGAAUCUGUGGAAAAUGUUAUUGUUCUAGAAUGUACUAUUAUUGGACUUAAUUUGCCUGAAGUAGAGGAAACUACUAAUAUCACUGUUGAAGAGAUUUCAAACAUAGAUAAAUCUCUAGAAAGCCCUGAAUUUAUUAAGGAAAAAGAUAAUUAUGAGAUCAAAGAAGUUUCUUCAACGGAAGUAAUUGCAACUACAAGUGAUGCUUUAAUUUUGGCUAUCACUAAUGAAGUAAUGCCGAAUUACUCUACAGCUGAAAUAGUUUACCCAUACAACAUUUCAAAAUCCUCACUUGAGUCAUUAUUAAAUAAUGUGACAGACUUUUUAUCAGUUAAUGUUGCUGAAAUAGUUAGUGAAUUAUGUAACAUCACAAAAAUACAAGAGUUAAAAUAUUCAAUAAAUACAGCAACAUCUUUACGAGAUAAAUUAUUGGAGCCAGAAAAGAGCUCUGUUAUAUUACAAGAAAAUACACAUCUUAUACACGAAUUACACAAUGCCAUUUCUAUUAUGCAAGUACAUUUGAUUGACCAUACCGAAGAAUUACAAUUGAAAUUUGAAAAAGAUAAAUUGCAGAAUAUGAUAGAAGUAUCUUCUAAUUUAUAUUCUAAUCUUGCCGUUAUAGUUUCUUCUAUACAACAGACCAAGGAUAUUGUUAAGCAUGUAGAAGAGACCGUGGAAUUAAAUGUAAAAGCCCCUGUAACAGCUUCUAUUAAUGUUAUUGAAGAAAAUCCUUGUUUGCAAUAUGCAGAUGCAACUGAAAUCAAAAUUAUUUCUUCUGGAAAUUAUGAUGUAUCUACUAUAGCAGACGUUAUAAGUGAAGAAAGUGAUUUAAUAAUAAACAAAAAAGAUACUGAGCUACUGAUAGGGAAUGAUCAAGAGAAAAAUACUUUAUUAGAAUUGGAAAAAGUUGUUACAAAUGACGAUGUAAAUAAAUUUGAUAUCAUUCAAAAUAAACAAUUUGAUGAUCAGACAAAUAAAUCAAUUAAGAAUGACAACACCAAAAUGGAAAUUAACAGAGAAAACAGUAAUGUAAUAGUUGAAGAACUUCAGGAAAGUUUUGAUUUAAACGACGACAUUAAGUCAACGUUGACACAAGAAAUUGCUGUUACAGUUAUUCCUAAACUUGAAGAAUAUGCUGUGGGACCAUUUCAGUUAAUGGAUAUUCUCUUGGAACAUAUCGAGAAUUGCUUAUCUAAUAAGGCAGUGGAAUUAGUUAAUACAAUAUCAUUGAUUACUGAUUCAGAAUUAUCAAAUUCAUUUGUGAAUAUUUCUAAAGAAUUAUAUCAACAUAUACUUGAAAUAAAAACUGAAGAAAGCCAAAUCGAUAUAGAGAAUAAAGCAUAUGGAGAAAUUGUCGACAUUGCUUCAAAAUUUCAAAACGUGUUAACUGUCAUUCACGUUAAUUUUGUAACUUAUUUACAACAGCUUACUGAUCAGUCAGUUAGCAAUGACAAAAUACAAAACGUAAUUGAUAUAGUAAAUAUAUUACAGGAAGAUAUAUCUUCUAUAAUCAAUGCGCCUUUAAUGGUCCAACAAACUGGCGACCUAUAUGUCACAAUUACUGAUUCUAAUUUGCUCAAAACUACUGAUGUUGUACCAAUAUCUAUUAACCUUAGUGAUAGUGUAGAAAAAAGUUCUUUGUACAGUGAUACUGAUUCUAUCUUUGAACAAACUCUUGCAAUUGCUACUGAAAUAGUAAAUAAUGUUAUAGUAGAAUCCGAAGAUAUAGCAUUUAAAAAGUAUGGCGAACAUAUAUUAAAAAUUCUUGAGUUGGAGAAUCAAGAACCUGAUAUUGAACAGUUGUCUGCAUUAGAAUGUUCUCAAAAUAUGAUAUUCGAACAAAUUGAUAAUGCAGUAGUUACAUCAGAUUCAUGCAAAGUAAACAUUGCAGUUAUUGAAGAUGUAGACAAUGAAAUAAUCCUUAAUAAUAUGGAAGACGUAAAAAUAAAUAUUAUCAGUACUGCGUCUAAUAUACAAUCAGUAGAUACUACUUUGGAAGAGAACAAACAGACUACAGUAUCUUUGGAAAAAGAAAAUGUAUGUCCGCUGAACACAGAAAACGCCAGCAUAAACGAAAACGAUGGUGGAAGUGCUAUACAAAAGAAUUACGAAGCAGACAACCUCUUGCAUAGUAUUGAUAAUUUUGUAUCUAAUGAGGUAGCUGAAGUGGUUGAAGAGCUAUCAGAACUUCUUAAUAUGAAGCAAUUAAAGGAAUCUGUAGGUAUAGCGAAAGAGUUUCGUGAAUGUAUUGAAACUAUUGGAGAUGAUAAAGAAAUCACUUUAAUAUCGGAAAGCAAACGUGCAGAACAGACAAAACUUAAACAAAAACUGGUAGAAGCUCUGAUUGUUUUCCAAGAACAAAUAUUGGAAGCAGCCCCAGAAGUUAAACAAACUAUUAAUUCAGAGCAUUACAAGCAAGCUACGGAUGUUAUUGAACAUUUGCAGGAUAGUCUUAACAAGACAGUAAUUCCUUCUUUACAGACAAUUGUUAUUGAAGACCAACUAAGUAAUCUUUUGCAAAGUAUCGAUACUUUUGUAUCCAAAAACGUAGCUGAAGUAAUUGAGGAGAUAUCGGAACUGACUCAUACAAAACAAUUAAGUGAAUCUGUUGGCAUAGCCAAAGAGCUUCGAGAUAAUAUUGAAACUAUUGAAAAGGAAAAAGAUUCGAAUUUAUUACCUGAAAGCAAAUAUGCAGAACAAACAGAGCUCAAACAAAAACUGCAAGAAGCUCUGACAGUAUUCCAAGACCAAAUAUUAGAAGCAGCGCCAAAAUUGAAAGAAACGAUUAAUUCGGAACAUUAUAAGCAAGCUACGGAUGCUAUUGUACAUUUACAGGAGAAUCUUAACAAAGCAGUAAUUCCUUCUCAAACGAUUGUUAUCGAGGAUCAAGUCGGCGAUCUCUUGCAUAAUAUUGAUACUUUUGUAUCUAAAGAAGUAGCUGAAGUGGUUGAAAAAUUAUCAGAACUAACUCAUAUUGAGCAACUGAAGGAAUCUGUGGAUAUAGCGAAAGAGCUUCGUGAUGUUGUUGAAAUCGUUGGAGAUGGAAAAGAUACACACUUAAUAUCGGAAAGCAAAUAUGCAGAACAAACUGAGCUUAAACAUAAACUGCAAGAGGCUCUGACAGUUUUACAAGAACAAAUUUUAGAAGCAGCACCAGAACUUAAAGAAAAGAUUAGUACAGAAAAUUAUGAACAAGCUACAGAUGUUAUUGUACAUUUACAGGAAAAUCUUAACAAAGCAGUAAUUCCUGCUCCACAAACAAUUAUUAUAGAAGACCAACUAGGUAAUCUUUUGCAAAGUAUUGAUACUUUUGUGUCUAAAGAAGUAGCUGAAGUAGUUGAUAAGCUAUCGGAAUUGACUCAUACACAGCAAUUAAAGGAAUCUGUUGGCAUAGCCAAAGAGCUUCGAGAUAACAUUGAAACUAUUGAAAAGAAAAAAGAUUCGAAUUCAUUACCUGAAAGCAAAUAUGCAGAACAAACAGAGCUCAAACAAAAACUGCAAGAAGCUCUGACAGUUUUCCAAGAACAAAUAUUAGAAGCAGCGCCAAAAUUGAAAGAAACGAUUAAUUCGGAACAUUAUAAGCAAGCUACGGAUGCUAUUGUACAUUUACAGGAGAAUCUUAACAAAGCAGUAAUUCCUUCUCAAACGAUUGUUAUCGAGGAUCAAGUCGGCGAUCUCUUGCAUAAUAUUGAUACUUUUGUAUCUAAAGAAGUAGCUGAAGUGGUUGAAAAAUUAUCAGAACUUACUCAUAUUGAACAACUGAAUCAAUCUGUAGAUAUAGCGAAAGAGCUUCGUGAUGUUGUUGAAAUCGUUGGAGAUGGAAAAGAUACACACUUGAUAUCGGAAAGCAAAUAUGCAGAACAAACUGAGCUUAAACAUAAACUGCAAGAGGCUCUGACAGUUUUACAAGAACAAAUUUCAGAAGCAGCACCAGAACUUAAAGAAAAGAUUAGUACAGAAAAUUAUGAACAAGCUACAGAUGUUAUUGUACAUUUACAGGAAAAUCUUAACAAAGCAGUAAUUCCUGCUCCACAAACAAUUAUUAUAGAAGACCAACUAGGUAAUCUUUUGCAAAGUAUUGAUACUUUUGUAUCUAAAGAAGUAGCUGAAGUAGUUGAUGAGCUAUCGGAAUUGACUCAUAUACAGCAAUUAAAGGAAUCUGUUGGCAUAGCCAAAGAGCUUCGAGAUAACAUUGAAACUAUUGAAAAGAAAAAAGAUUCGAAUUCAUUACCUGAAAGCAAAUAUGCAGAACAAACAGAGCUCAAACAAAAACUGCAAGAAGCUCUGACAGUUUUCCAAGAACAAAUAUUAGAAGCAGCGCCAAAAUUGAAAGAAACGAUUAAUUCGGAACAUUAUAAGCAAGCUACCGAUGCUAUUGUACAUUUACAGGAGAAUCUUAACAAAGCAGUCAUUCCUUCUCAAACGAUUGUUAUCGAGGAUCAAGUCGGCGAUCUCUUGCAUAAUAUUGAUACUUUUGUAUCUAAAGAAGUAGCUGAAGUGGUUGAAAAAUUAUCAGAACUUACUCAUAUUGAACAACUGAAGGAAUCUGUAGAUAUAGCGAAAGAACUUCGUGAUGUUGUUGAAAUCGUUGGAGAUGGAAAAGAUACACACUUAAUAUCGGAAAGCAAAUAUGCAGAACAAACUGAGCUUAAACAUAAACUGCAAGAGGCUCUGACAGUUUUACAAGAACAAAUUUUAGAAGCAGCACCAGAACUUAAAGAAAAGAUUAGUACAGAAAAUUAUGAACAAGCUACAGAUGUUAUUGUACAUUUACAGGAAAAUCUUAACAAAGCAGUAAUUCCUGCUUCACAAACAAUUAUUAUAGAAGACCAACUAGGUAAUCUUUUGCAAAGUAUUGAUACUUUUGUAUCUAAAGAAGUAGCUGAAGUAGUUGAUGAGCUAUCGGAAUUGACUCAUACACAGCAAUUAAAGGAAUCUGUUGGCAUAGCCAAAGAGCUUCGAGAUAACAUUGAAACUAUUGAAAAGAAAAAAGAUUCGAAUUUAUUACCUGAAAGCAAAUAUGCAGAACAAACAGAGCUCAAACAAAAACUGCAAGAAGCUCUGACAGUAUUCCAAGAACAAAUAUUAGAAGCAGCGCCAAAAUUGAAAGAAACGAUUAAUUCGGAACAUUAUAAGCAAGCUACGGAUGCUAUUGUACAUUUACAGGAGAAUCUUAACAAAGCAGUAAUUCCUUCUCAAACGAUUGUUAUCGAGGAUCAAGUCGGCGAUCUCUUGCAUAAUAUUAAUGCUUUUGUAUCUAAAGAAGUAGCUAAAGUGGUUGAAAAAUUAUCAGAACUUACUCAUAUUGAACAACUGAAGGAAUCUGUAGAUAUAGCGAAAGAACUUCGUGAUGUUGUUGAAAUCGUUGGAGAUGGAAAAGAUACACACUUAAUAUCGGAAAGCAAAUAUGCAGAACAAACUGAGCUUAAACAUAAACUGCAAGAGGCUCUGACAGUUUUACAAGAACAAAUUUUAGAAGCAGCACCAGAACUUAAAGAAAAGAUUAGUACAGAAAAUUAUGAACAAGCUACAGAUGUUAUUAUACAUUUACAAGAAAAUCUUAACGAAGCAGUAAUUCCUGCUCCACAGACUAUAGUUAUCGAAGACCAACUAAGUAAUCUUUUGCAAAGUAUUGAUACUUUUGUGUCUAAAGAAGUAGCUGAAGUGGUUGAGAAAUUAUCGGAAUUGACUCAUACACAGCAAUUAAGGGAAUCUGUUGGUAUAGCGAAAGAACUUCGAGAUAAUAUUGAAACUAUUGAAAAGAAAAAAGAUUCGAAUUUAUUACCUGAAAGCAAAUAUGCAGAACAAACAGAGCUCAAACAAAAACUGCAAGAGGCUCUGACAGUUUUCCAAGAACAAAUAUUAGACGUAGCACCAGAAUUGAAAGAAACGGUUAAUUUAGAGCAUUAUAAGCAAGCUACGGAUGCUAUUGUACAUUUACAAGAAAAUCUUAACAAAGCAGUGAUUCCUUCUCCACAAACAAUUAUUGUAGAAGACCAAAAAGGUGAACUUUUGCAUACUAUUGAUACUUUUAUAUCUAAUGAAGUAGCUGAAGUAGUUGAACAGCUAUCAGAACUCAUUCAUAUGAAGCAGUUAAAGGAAUCUGUAGGUAUAGCGAAAGAGUUUCGUGAAUGUAUUGAAACUGUUGAAGAAACAAAAGAUACAAGUUCAAUAUCGGAAAAUAAGUAUGCAAAACAAGCAGAGCUUAAACAAAAACUGCAAGAGGCUCUCACUGUUUUCCAAGAACAAAUAUUAGAAGCAGCACCAGAACUUGAAGAAACUAUUAAUUCAGAUUAUUACAAGCAAGCUACGGAUGUAAUUGCACAUCUACAGGAAAAUCUUAAAAAGGCGGUAAUUCCUUCUCUUCAGAAAGUUGUUAUUCAUGACCAACUAAUACAAGAUACUCUUGAAGUAAAUUCAAUGAAAAAACUACAGGAGCUUUUACAAGAAGUUAGUAAUAAAAUUAAUUUGACUACACCUGAUAAAAGUACUGAAGAUACAGAGACUUUACGUGACACUCUGGACGAAGUACAAACUGUCAUUAUAAAAUUAAAACGAGAUUUCGAUGGAACCACCAAUGACACUCUCAAUGAAACUCUUGGCGAUUUAGAGUGCAGUGUGAGGAGUGUUCAACUUCAAAUUAAUGAAGAUAGCCCACCACAGUUAUUGAAAGAAGCUUGCGCUACAUUACAGUUAUUGGUCAAAAGUAUGAAAGAAACUCAUGAAGUACAUGUACCUGAAAUUAUAAGCAAAGACGUGACAGAUCGAAAUAUUCUUGACAAAUGCUCAAAGGAAACAGAAGAAACUGUUAAGUUGCUAGAUACUGCAUGCAAAAUAGAUACAAAACAAAAUCGGAAUUUAAUUGAUAUUGUAACUAAUUUAAAUAGUCUUAAAGAUGCCAUGAAAACUUUACGUGAAAGUUUCCUCUGUGAUGCUGAGACUUUGAUUGAAAAUGGUAUUAAUGUCAUUCAGAAUUUAGAUCAAAUGGAAGAAAAAGUUUUUACACUAGAAAAGAAAAUAGAAAUGGAAAAAAAUCUCUCACCAUCCAACAGGGAUAUUGUUAUAACUGCGGCACAUUCUGUUUACGGUACCAUAUCUAACAUGCGUAGUACAAUAUCAAGUAUUCAAAAACAGUUCAUGUGUGAGAAUUAUGGUAAACCAGCAGAAAACAUACUUCGUUCCAUAAAAAUGGUCACUUCUAUAUAUAAAGAAACCGACGAAACGACUAAACCUAAAUGGAAACGAUUCUCUAAAUCUUUACGUAAUGUUUUAAAUCAUUUUGAAGAUAUAAAGUUUUACAUAAACCUCGAUAAAACUGCUAGACUACCAAGUGAUGCGGCAUUCACUAAAAUCAUUCUUGAAGAAUUAAAAUCCAACAUUGAAGAAGUUUUAUCUAUGAUAUCUAAUCUUGAAGUAACUGAAAAAUUACAGGAUUCAUUACAGUAUGUAGAGACAUGUCUUUUAAAAAUCGAACCUCGUUCGUCUCUAGAAGUAAAAGAGAAAAUUCCAAUUUUUAAAGAAGUAGCAUCAAAACUUUUAAAUAUAUCAGUCGCCCUAACAGCCAAUAAAGCAACAUUGGAUAUCAAAGAUGAAUCCUUAAAAUUAGAUCAGGAAUUGGAAAAAGAUUCUAAUAUAAUUGAAGAUAUUAAGAUUCCUGUUAUUACAGAAAAUUUUGCUAUUGAAACUGAUUUGGUAAAUAUAAAUGAAAGUACUCCUGACACAAGCAUAAAAUCUGAGGAUAAAAUAAAAUCUGUUACUAUUGGUUUGGAAGGAAAUGUUGCUGAAGAAAAAGUAGUUGUUAUUGAAGAAAACAUAUACCCGCCAAAAGAACUUUCUUCUCCUUCAACUAGUAUACAAACCGAAGAAAUUAUACUACCCUUAGAAAAAAUACAGGAAGAUACAUUUAGUAACCAAGAACCGUUACAGGAAGGAAUUGUAAUUCAUACUAAAGAGACAGAUGAUAUAAAUGAAAACAUAAGAUGUGAAUAUGAUCUUGAAACUAAAAAUGAAACAGAUCUAAUUCAACAAAGAACAUCUAAUGAAACGGGUCAAAUAAAGAAUAAAGAUGUUAUAAGUUCAGAAGAAAGACUUCAUACAGUUAAUAUCAAUGAAGAAGGAACACAAAUUGAAAAAGCUGAAAUAUCUACGAUAUCUGAGAAAAAAGAUCAUUUAGAACAGGAAACUGAAGAAAAUGUACAGUUAGAACAUGAAGAUGAAGAUAAACAAAUAUUAUUAGAAAGAAAAGAUGAGAAACAAAAUUCGAGCACAUCAUUAGAAAAAUACCAAACUGCUGCUGGCUGUUCGAAUGAGCAAAUGUAUACCAAUGAUAAUGAACAAUUAAAGAUACAAAAAAAUAAUCAACAAACAGAAGAUGAAAUGAGAACACAAGAAGUAAUGUCUGAAAAUAAAGAAGAAAAAGAGCAUCUCGAAUUAAAUGAAAUAUCAGGGAAAAAUAAACAAAAAAUAGAAAUGACAGAAAUAGAUAACAAAAAAGAAAAAGAAGCAAAAUCAGAAUCUGGGCAAACAGAAAAUGAAAUUAAAAAAGAAAUUAGUGAGGAGGGAGAAAAACUGAAAAUAGAAACGAAACAGGUAGAAGAAACUCGUGUAGCAAAAGAAGAGGAACAAGCAAAUAAAAAAAGAACACAAGAAUUAGAAGAAACUCAAAUUCAAAAACAAGAGGAGGAUCGAGAAAAAUUAGAAAUGGAAUCAAAACAACAUGAGGAAGCCCAUCUAGCAAAAGAAGAGGAAGUCCCUGAUAAGAAAGAAAAAGAAAAACAAGAAGAAGAAGCUCGAAUUCAAAAAGAAAAGGAGGAUCGUGAAAAGCUGGAAAAGGAAACCAAACAACGAGAAGAGGCUCGUAUAGCAAAAGAAAAGGAAGAAGCAGAUAAGAGAGAAAAAGAAAAACAAGGAGAAGAAGCUCGAAUUCAGAAAGAAAAGGAGGACCGUGAAAAGCUGGAAAAGGAAACAAAACAGCAAGAAGAAGCUCGUAUAGCAAAAGAAAAGGAAGAAGCAGAUAAGAGAGAAAAAGAAAAACAAGAAGAAGAAGCUCGAAUUCAGAAAGAAAAGGAGGACCGUGACAAGCUGGAAAAGGAAACUAAACAGCGAGAAGAAGCUCGUAUAGCAAAAGAAAAGGAAGAAGCAGAUAAGAGAGAAAAAGAAAAACAAGAAGAAGAAGCUCGAAUUCAAAAAGAAAAGGAGGACCGAGAAAAACUAGAAAAAGAAACAAAACAGCGAGAGGAAGCUCGUUUAGCAAAAGAAAAGGAAGAAGCUGAUAAGAGAGAAAAAGAAAAACAAGAAGAAGAAGCUCGGAUUCAGAAAGAAAAGGAGGACCGUGAAAAAGUAGAAAAGGAAACAAAACAGCGAGAAGAAGCCCGUUUAGCAAAAGAAAAGGAAGAAGCAGAUAAGAGAGAAAAAGGAAAACAAGAAGAAGAAGCUCGAAUUCAGAAAGAAAAGGAGGACCGUGAAAAGCUGGAAAAGGAAACUAAACAGCGAGAUGAGGCUCGUAUAGCAAAAGAAAAGGAAGAAGCAGAUAAGAAAGAAAUAGAAAAACAAGAAGAAGAAGCUCGAAUUCAGAAAGAAAAGGAGGACCGAGAAAAACUAGAAAACGAAACAAAGCAGCGAGAAGAGGCACGUCUAGUUAAAGAAAAGGAAGAAGCAGAUAAGAGAGAAAAAGAAAAACAAGAAGAAGCUCGAAUUCAAAAAGAAAAUGAGGACCGAGAAAAACUAAAAAAAGAAACAAAACAGCGAGAAGAAGCUCGUUUAGCAAAAGAAAAGGAAGAAGCAGAUAAGAGAGAAAAAGAAAAACAAGAAGAAGAAGCUCGAAUUCAAAAAGAAAAGGAGGACCGAGAAAAACUAAAAAAAGAAACAAAACAGCGAGAAGAAGCUCGUUUAGCAAAAGAAAAGGAAGAAGCAGAUAAGAGAGAAAAAGAAAAACAAGAAGAAGAAGCUCGAAUUCAAAAAGAAAAGGAGGACCGAGAAAAACUAGAAAAGGAAACAAAACAGCGAGAAGAGGCACGUCUAGUUAAAGAAAAGGAAGAAGCUGAUAAGAAAAGAAAAGAAAAACAAGAAGAAGAAGCUCGAAUUCAAAAAGAAAAGGAGGAUCGUGAAAAGCUGGAAAAGGAAACCAAACAACGAGAAGAGGCUCGUAUAGCAAAAGAAAAGGAAGAAGCAGAUAAGAGAGAAAAAGAAAAACAAGAAGAAGAAGCUCGAAUUCAAAAAGAAAAGGAAGACCGUGAAAAGCUGGAAAAGGAAAAUAAACAGCGAGAAGAAGCUCGUAUAGCAAAAGAAAAGGAAGAAGCAGAUAAGAGAGGAAAAGAAAAACAAGAAGAAGAAGCUCGAAUUCAGAAAGAAAAGGAGGACCGUGAAAAGCUGGAAAAGGAAACUAAACAGCGAGAAGAAGCUCGUAUAGCAAAAGAAAAGGAAGAGGCAGAUAAGAGAGAAAAAGAAAAACAAGAAGAAGCUCGAAUUCAAAAAGAAAAGGAGGACCGAGAAAAACUAGAAAAAGAAACAAAACAGCGAGAGGAAGCACGUUUAGCAAAAGAAAAGGAAGAAGCAGAUAAGAGAGAAAAAGAAAAACAAGAAGAAGAAGCUCGAAUUCAAAAAGAAAAGGAGGACCGAGAAAAACUAGAAAAAGAAACAAAACAGCAAGAGGAAGCUCGUUUAGCAAAAGAAAAGGAAGAAGCAGAUAAGAGAGAAAAAGAAAAACAAGAAGAAGAAGCUCGAAUUCAAAAAGAAAAGGAGGACCGAGAAAAACUAGAAAAAGAAACUAAACAGCGAGAGGAAGCUCGUUUAGCAAAAGAAAAGGAAGAAGCUGAUAAGAGAGAAAGAGAAAAACAAGAAGAAGAAGCUCGAAUUCAGAAAGAAAAGGAGGACCGUGAAAAGCUGGAAAAGGAAACUAAAGAGCGAGAAGAGGCUCGUAUAGCAAAAGAAAACGCAGAAGCAGAUAAGAGAGAAAAAGAAAAACAACAAGAAGAAGCUCGAAUUAAAAAAGAAAAGGAGGACCGUGAAAAGCUGGAAAAGGAAACUAAACAGCGAGAAGAAGCUCGUAUAGCAAAAGAAAAGGAAGAGGCAGAUAAGAGAGAAAAAGAAAAACAAGAAGAAAAAGCUCGAAUUCAAAAAGAGAAGGAGGACCGAGAAAAACUGGAAAAAGAAACAAAACAGAGAGAGGAAGCUCGUUUAGCAAAAGAAAAGGAAGAAGCAGAUAAGAGAGAAAAAGAAAAACAAGAAGAAGAAGCUCGGAUUCAGAAAGAAAAAGAGGACCGUGAAAAGCUGGAAAAGGAAACUAAACAGCGAGAAGAGGCUCGUAUAGCAAAAGAAAAGGAAGAAGCAGAUAAGAGAGAAAAAGAAAAACAAGAAGAAGAAGCUCGAAUUCAAAAAGAAAAGGAGGACCGUGAAAAGCUGGAUAAGAAAACUAAACAGCGAGAAAAAGCUCGUAUAGCAAAAGAAAAGGAAGAAGGAGAUAAGAAGAACAAAGAGAAACAAGAAGAAGCUCGAAAUCAAAAAGAAAAGGAAGAUCGUGAAAACUUGGAAAAGGAAACUAAACAGCGAGAAGAAGCUCGUAUAGCAAAAGAAAAGGAAGAAGCAGAUAAGAGAGAAACAGAAAAACAAGAAGAAGAAGCUCGAAUUCAAAAAGAAAAGGAGGACCGUGAAAAGCUGGAAAAGGAAACUAAACAGCGAGAAGAAGAGGAUUCUGACAGGCUCAGAGAUAAAAAAAUAGCAAAGAAGAAAUCAAAGAAUGAUGCAGAGAAUAAAUUAGAAACUGGUAAAAAUGAAUCUAAUUUGCGCCAAGAAAUGAAAUCUCAAUUGGAAGAAAGUAAUUAUGAAAGAAAAAGAGAAGAUAUAGAUUACAGUGAAAAAUAUAAAACGGAAAACAAAAUCAAUGAAAUUGAUAAAGUUAACGAAGAAAAACAAAAGAUAAGAAUUAAACGUCAAAAAGAAGAACAACAGGAAAAAGAAGAAAGAUUUAGCAAAAGUUCUGUUAAUAAUAAAGUGGAAGGAAUGGAAAUGGGACCAAUAAAGAAACUGGAUAAUGAAGAACUUGUGAAUAAUUUGGGCCUAUCACAAACAAAUGAUAUUAAAGAAUACCAACAUGAGCUUUCAGCAGCUCGAAGCAAACAAGAAAAUAGAGAAAGGUCUAAGUUUAUUGAUCAUAGUCACAGAGAUUAUACUAUGGACUUUGCUCGUCCUUCUAUAUAUAGGGAGAAAACAUACGAAAUGCACAAAUUAAGUACAGAUUCGUAUAAUCUCAGCCGUGGUACUGGAAUAUAUAAAGCGGAAACGUUAAAACUUGAUGCACAAAUUCGAUCAUCCUUACCACCACAUCUUGAUAUGAGCAGAAAUAGUGAACCAGUAGAGCGGCGAGAAAUCAGGCAUAAAUCGAAAGCUUUAAGCGAAGCUAGAAGUAUAUUGUCAGAAAAACGGGCAAGUGUACCUCGGGACAUUAAAAGAAAACCUAUAUUUUCUACUCAUUUAACAGACAGAACCGCUGUUGAAGGGUCGCGAGUGAAGUUAACUUGCAGUGUCUUAUCUUUAACAGACCCAUCCAUCACUUGGUACAGAAAUGGAGUAUUAUUGGAUAAUAAAUUGAAAUACAAAACCAGAGUUGUAGAUGGUCUUAUAACUUUGGAAGUUCUUAACGCUAUACCGAGUGAUUCCGCAGAGUAUAGCUGUACUGUAGAAAAUGAAAACGGUUCAGUUAGUACUUCUGCUAACCUUAAAGUUUAUCCGAGUUUCAAAGCAUCGCCUAUUCCUCCUACUUUCACACGUUCCAUAAGAGAUAAUUACCAUUUGGCUGAAAAUGAAUUAGUAUUGGAAUGCCGAAUACGUGGUCAACCUCUUCCAACUAUAACAUGGUUAAAGGACGAGAAACCAAUUGUUACUAGUGAGAGAUUUCAGGCCUAUUAUCUUGCUGAUGGUGUUUGUAGAUUAGCAAUAGAUUCUCCAACGCCAGAGGAUAGUGGAAAGUACACUUGCAAAGCUGAAAAUUCUGUAUGGUCUGAUCAAAUAAGCCAUGUAGUAAACUUUACUGGUAAAGAAAGUCGACUUAGUCCUAAUUUAACAACAACUGAACGAUCACGUUUCAAUCGUCAAGCUAUGGAGUCUCGAAGACCUCACUUCACUAAUGUUUUAUCAGAUUUUAAAGUAGCUAGAGGAGGUACAAUUGGUUUACAAGUAGAAAUUAAAGGGUCACCUACUAAAGUCGAGUGGUUACGUGAAGGUCAUUCAGUUAUGGAUAUGUACCGAAAUGCGCGAACAUUCGUUGAACAGGGGCUGUACACGUUGGCUCUCUCAGAUGUUACAGAGAAAGAAUCAGGAUUAUAUACGUGUAGAGCAUGGAGUAGUCAUGGAACUGUAGAUAUGAAUGCAGCGAUUACUGUGGUGCAACCUAAUGAACUAGAGGGAAAACCUGCUAUGAUUGUUGGUCGUCCAGAGAAAGAUGUGCUCAUUUCGGUUGGAGAAGAUUUGAAUAUCUCGUUUAGAGUGCAAGGCGAACCAAAACCUAAAGUUAUCUUCAUGAAGGGUAUACGAGAUAUCACAAAUAGUCAACGUGUAUGCAAAAUGACGUCUGAUGACUACGUUAAAUUUACCUUGAAGAGAUCAGUAAUUGCCGAUGCUGGCACUUAUUGCAUUUUAGCAAGAAAUGCCUACGGUUGCGACAGGGCCUUUGUCACUGUUGUGAUAAGACAGCGAGCUUCGUCUGAUAAUCUUAUAUCAGAUUGGACAUAUCCAUUAGACGAUUCAGUGUUAUCAAUGGCUGAACGAAACUAUAAACCUGUACCUGACCGGAUCCCGGGCGAACCAAGUGUCGUGGACGGUGGGAAUAAUUGGAUCUCCCUGGCUUGGCCCAAACCAGACCCACGCGAUUCCGCACCUGUAUUAGCUUACAAAGUAGAGUGCUGGCUAUCUGGUAAAGAAGGUGGCGCGAGGUGGUCGGAACUAGGCAUAACUCCGCUCAAUUCGUUUGACGCAUUUAACCUCAAACAAGGAGAAGAGUAUCACUUCCGAGUAACUCCUAGAAACAGGCACGGUUGGGGAGAAUCAGUGCAAACAUCUACCCCAAUUGGAGUUGGGCUAGGGGGCGACCGACCGGAAUUUAUUGAUAUACUUCCCGGUCAACUGAAAGUGUUACUUGGGUCCACCGCAAACUUGACUUGCAGCGUCAAGGGGAAACCGGUUCCAGAAGUCGUGUGGAUGAAGAACGGGCAUGAAAUAGAUGAAGAAGAAAGACGGAUGAAGACAUCAUUCAACGGAUACAAUUGUAACCUAACUAUCAACGAUAUUCACAUUGAUGAUGAGGCGAGAUACAGCUGCGAAGCGACCAAUGUUCACGGACGAGCCUCCACGUACGCACGCCUGGCUGUCGUCACAGAUAAACUUAUAUGGGAGGCUGAUGUUAAGCUUAAGAGAGAAAGGUCAGCAGACGUGGACGGCGUUUAUCCGCCUCAGUUCACGAUGCGGCUACGCGACAGACGCGUGCAGGCGACGUACCCAGUCCGCCUGACGUGCCAGGUGGUUGGCUGCCCCGCGCCCACUGUCACAUGGUUCAAGGACGGCGAGGAGAUCACCCCUGGCAACCGGCACACACAAUCCCAAGAUGAACACUUCCAUACGCUGGAAAUCGCGCCAACCACCCUCGAAGAUGGAGGCCUGUACGAAGCAAUGGCAAGAAACCCAAGCGGCGCCAUCAGUUGCCGUUGUAGCCUGGUUGUGGACAAAGGAAUCAGGGCAUACGUUGCUCCCGAGUUCUGCUGCGGUCUGGAACCACUUUACAGAUUGAAUGAAGGUGAAGAACUUAGAAUAUCAGCAGUGGUAGAGGCUUAUCCAUCAGUCGGUGUCACGUGGUACAGAGACGGGGUCCGUCUCCGUCCUAGUCGUCGAGCGAUAAUGACCUUAGACAGAGAUGGCCAAAUAGAGCUGGCUCUCGCAUCCAUAACUCCUCGCGACGCAGGAGUUUACACGUGUACAGCGUCGAAUGAGGUCGGCAGGGCGUCUACCUCCGGGAAGGUGGAAGUGAUUGAGGGAGAAGGAUCUGUUGAUUCUAAGAAAUCUCCACCGAUUUUGAUAAGUCCAGAUAUACCAUAUUCCAAAGAGCCAAUGUUCAUACGGAAGCCGAGAUCCAGCGAGGCCAGGGAAGGCGACACCGUGAUUAUUCAAUGCGAAGUGGUCGGCGAUCCCAAACCAGACGUCUUCUGGCUGAGAGACUUUUUGAAGCCUGAUUACUAUCGGGACGCGACACACUUCAAACGAGUGGGCGCCGGUCCCGAGUACCGUUUCGAGAUCCCUCACGCCAAGCUUGACUAUACAGGAGCCUAUUCGGUCGUCGCCAGGAACGUUCACGGAGAAGCUAAAGCGGUUAUAUCUCUUCAAAUAUUGGCCAAAGACCCCAAUGCGACCGAAGAUGCCCAUAAUGUAAGAUAUGGCCGUGUAGAAGUUAUACCUCGUUUCGAACGCGAACUUACUGAUUUGUUGUGCUACGACGGUGACGCGAUUGAGUUCGAGUGUCGUGUUUCUGGAAACCCUGAACCUGACAUCCGAUGGUUCCACUAUACGGAGUUGAUCCGACAAUGCCCUGAUUUCGAGUGGUCAUUCGACGAGGGCACAGCUCGGCUAAAGAUCAAGCAAGUAACAGCUGAAGAUGAAGGCACAUACAUCUGUGAGGCCUCGAACAGCCUUGGGAAGGCCACGUCUAACGCUUGUCUCGUUGUUUACCCUCCUGGUGAACCCAACACCCUGAGCCAGCGGCUGCGGCGACCACCAGCGUUGCUGUCAGCUGCCUCCACGCCGCGUUCCACACCUCGUAGCACUCCAGCUAGAUCCGUCUCCAGAACACCUGGCCCGGACCCGAGACGGCUCUGCAGCAGUCCAUCCCGCCAAAUGGCUCCCAAAUUCUACACAUAUCCAUUCAACAAAGUGGUCGAGGAAGGAGACCACGUAGUGUUCCAGUGCGCCGUCAAGGGUCUCCCCGCCCCUUGGGCCACCUGGGACAAGGACGGGAUAAUCAUUACCCCUUCCUCAAGGAUCACUGUUAGAGAGAAGGACGAGAUCCUGAGGAUUUUAGAGAUCGAACAAGUGACGAUAGAAGAUGUCGGCCUAUACAGGAUAACCCUGGAGAAUGACUUCGGCCGGGCUGAAGCCUCGGCGAGGUUGGAGGUCAUCUCGCAGAAGGGAAAGUUCUACGCCGGAGUGAGGUCCUGCAGCGCGUCUCCGAGGAGAUCGCUCUCGUACAGAAGAAGGAUGCCUUCUUCGUCAAAAGACUGAUGCUGCCAUCUUGCCGUCUUGGCCGACUUCUGGAACUUUAUGUGGAACGACGUAAGGCUCUUACCUUUUACUGCGAAGCGAAGUUGGGUACCCACUUUACGAUUGCUCGGCGAUUUGAUGCUAUGCGACUAAUAUCAACUCCUUGUACUGCAUCUCUAUAUUAAACGUAUUUAUCUAUUUCAGGAUUUGAAAGGGCAACGAUCGUGAGAUGGAUAAUUUAAUUUAAUUUUGUUUUAAUCUUCGCAUUUUAUUUAUUAAUUUAUUUAUAUUGCAAUUGACAUUAUUAUAGUAGAGUUAUAACAACGUUGAGUUUUUGUUUUGUUUAGGUUAUAUUUUAUACGUGGUUUCACGCGCCUUCGCCACCAGAGUCAGGGACCUUGUACGCCAUGACGCGAGGCGACUGUACUUCUGAAACAAACACUGGCGUCCAAAUUAAUGUUAAUUAAACAAUACUCAAUAUAAAAUCAUUGUGUAAUUCACAACUUGUAAAUAAUCACAAAAUACUUGUAUUAAUUUAUAAUACAAAUUAAGAUUUACGACGCUUGCAUUUUUAUCGAUAUCAUGCACUAUUAGAGUUUAUUCAUUAAUUUAAUAAUUAUUUAAUUGUGUGAUAAAAACGUCAUUAUAAUUAUACUAACGUCGUUGGAUAAUGGCGCGUGAAACGCACGCGUGUGCGAGCCGCACACACGUUUACGAUCUGCCUGUACUAUAUACUGUACUGUACUUAUUAUCGAACCUUGUAAAGCAUCCGAGUUUAGUCCAAAAAUAGUCAGUUAGCGCACACACCUCGAGAUAUUGUGAAAAUAAAUUUUAUCACUUAUCA